CAACUUUUAUCAAAGAUUAGAACAAGGAGCGGACUGACUUCUUUCGCGCCAAAUUGGAGUUGAGAAAUCGGACCAUAAACAAAGUGAAUUACGUCAAACAGUAUCCUUAUAAUAUGUAAUAAUAUUUACGACGUGGUGUCUUGUGCAGCAGUACACGUGAAUUGCUGAUAUAUUCUGCAGAAACAGUCAUUCACCUCCAAAAAUGGCCAAAGAAUAUAUUACAGGCAAAAGCUGGGUUGAGUUAAUGGAGGAAGAGGAAGAAAUCUCAGAAGAACUACAAUCUCGGGAUAAAGAAUUAGCCGAGGAAGAGAGGCUUCUAGCUGAGGAUGACUUGGAUACCAUGGGAGAAAGCCUAGAAGCUAAAAAAGAAAAUUUUGAUGCUGAUGAGGUGACUAAGAAAAGUGAAGAACAAAAGCUGCACGAAGCUGAUGUACAAGAGCAUUCCAGAACUGAAUUGAAGGGAAAACCUGAAGUUUCUGAUAUUAAAGUGAAAACAGAAAUUGAAGCUUCUUCAACCCAUGAGUUGUCUACAAAAGCUAUUUUGCCAAAUGAUAAAAUCAAGAGUGAGCCAGGCACUCAUAUUAGAUGUAAUGGAGAUGCUUCAGUUGUUGGUAUCAAGCAAGAGACAAAUGUGUUUACUAUAAAGAUAAAAAGUGAAGUUGAGGAAAUUGAUGAUGAUAAUGAUCGAAUUUCAAAAGAACUGGAUCUCAUGGAAAAUGAGCUGUUUAAUGUACAAGAGGAAAACAGUGAUUCCGUAAAAGACAGGGUUAGCGAUUUUGUAAAAGUUGGCAUUAGUGAUGCUGUAAAAGAUAAUGUUGUUACGAAAUGUAAAGACAGUCUCAUUGUAGAGAGCAGUGCCAAUAGUGUCGCUAAUGAAACUGAAACACACACAUUUGUUCACCCAGAGACAAUGGUUAAUGGUGAUCAUAAAGCUUCUGAUAAGAUGGAUGAUACGAGACAUGUUUCAACUAGCACACAGACUUCACCAAGGAAAAAUAGAAAUACUCGUAAAAGGAAAAGUUCGUCCAAUGUAGGAAACAACAGAAGGAAAUAUUCUUGCAGGGAUCCAUCUGCAAGCAGUAGUAGCAGUGGUCGCAGCAGCAAUGCUACGACACCUCGUAAAGAGAAGAAGCCAGUUGAGUAUGAAAAUGACCCUGAAAUUCUAGCUAGGAGGCAGAAACAAAUUGAUUAUGGGAAGAAUACAAUAGGCUAUGAUCGCUACAGGCAGCUAGUACCGAAGGAGAAACGUACCAACAGGGAUCCACGGACUCCACCUAAGCACGUAAAAUAUAGCCGACGUGCCUGGGACGGCAUGGUGAGAAUCUGGAGACAACAGUUACAUGCUUGGGAUCCUACUCCUGAUGACAAGGAGUCCACAACACUGCCCGAAUUGAAUGUGUCUGUGGAUGUGAGUUCUAUGCCAUACAAGAGGAGAAUACAUUCUUGUACUGCAUCCUCUGCCUCUGGAAGCACAGAAGAUGUCGGAGCUGAUGAUUUUAUCUCACUUGACUAUGAGGAUGGUGAUUUAGAAUGAUUGUCAAUUGUGUUUGUGCUGUUUAGUGAAGACACAACUCUCAGGUUAAGCCUGAUGCUGUUUUUUUAUUGCUGAAAUGAACUCUGCGUACUGCAGAGAUAUUUUGACUGGACUUGCAUGUAUUAUAAAUUUUAGUAGCUUAUUUUUGUGCAAUAGCUAGGUAAUAAAUAGCUGUAAGCCAGAUGAAGGCUAUUUGCAAUGUAUUGGACUGUAAAUAGCUCUUUUGUUUGUGUGACUUUAAUGUAACCUGGAGUUUUAACGUAUCUCCAUGACUGAGAUGAAAAAUAUAAUAUGCAUAGGGAGUUGUUUGUAAAGCCAGGCUGUGCCAUGGUUUUAUGUAUACUCCUCUCCAUUGAGAAACUGACAUUACCAAUUUGUGUAGAAAAAUACUGACACAUGUUUUAGUUGUUAAUUUCAAAAGAUCACAAAUGCCAUAUCUUCAGAUUUGUGCACCUUAAGACAUAGGCAUUAAAAUGACAAAGAAAAAAUAUUUCUUUUUUUAUUUACUAUCUUUUUUUCAUGAUUCUUGGAGCACAUUUGAUCUGUUUUUAUUUAGGAUGAAUGAAAAUGAUUCAUUGGCUCUUUUUGUUAUAAAAUUUGUACACAUAAAUGUAAGUAGAAUUUUCUUUUAUAAUUUAGGAAUUAUUUUGUAAUACAAUUGCAUCAGAAAAAACUUUAUGUAGGGAUCUAUUUAUUCAAAACAAAGAUUCCAAGACUUACCAAGCGAGAAAGCGCCGGUAGACAGGAACAAUAAAUAAAACACACAAACACACACACAAAAUUUCUAGCUUUCGCAACCGACGGUUGCUUCUUCAGGAAAGAGGGAAGGAGAGGGAAAGACGAAAGGAUGUGGGUUUUAAGGGAGAGGGUAAGGAGUCAUUCCAAUCCCGGGAGCGGAAAGACUUACCUUAGGUGGAAAAAAGGACAGGCGUACACUCUCGCGCGCGCGCACAUACACACACACACAUACAUACACAUACACACACACACAUACAUACACAUACACACACACACAUACAUACACAUACACACACACACAUACACACACACACACACACACACACACACACACACAUACACACACACACACACACACACACACACACACACACACAAAAGCGCGAGUGUAUACCUGUCCUUUUUUUCCCUAAGGUAAGUCUUUCCGCUCCCGGGAUUGGAAUGACUCCUUACCCUCUCCCUUAAAACCCACAUCCUUUCGUCUGUCCCUCUCCUUCCCUCUUUCCUGAAGAAGCAACCGUCAGUUGCGAAAGCAAGAAAUUUUGUGUGUGUGUUUGUGUGUUUUAUUUAUUGUGCCUGUCUACCGGCGCUUUCCUGCUUGGUAAGUCUUGGAAUCUUUGUUUUUAAUAUAUUUUUCCCAUGUGGAAGUUUCUUUCUAUUUGAUCUAUUUAUUCAUAUAUUCGAUUAUCGUAGUAAAAAGAUAUCAGCUUCUGGAACCAGUCAUACCUGACAGUGCCUUGAUAUUUUGUUGAUUAAAUUAUUUAAGUGUAUGAGUAUUAAAACUGUUAACAUAAGACCAAUUUAUAGAGACUACAUAUUUUACAAAUGUGUGCAAUAUCCUACAGUUAGAAAUAUCAAGCUACUGGUUGAAAUUUCUGAAAAUGAUAGAAGAAAUAACUAUAGAAAGUGUUGACGUAAAUGUGUAAAUAUGAACUUUUGUGUCUUGCUCUUUCUGUAUACAUUAAUAGUGUAUGUUGCAGAAUUAUAAAUGUCAUGUUGUGCAACAGUUCAAGAAUUGUAAUCGUUGGACAUGGGAGUCAGUUCUAAUGAGAGUUGUACAGGACUCUCCAUCAAAGGUAACAGGUAAUGACACGCUUCCUACAUAUUGCUUUAUAUUUUAUUAUUUAUUAUCUAAUAUUUUUGUUAAGAGGGCAUGUCAAUAAAAACUGAUAAAAAAACUU